UCUAGAAGGAGGCUGGACGCGAGAUUCGGCGGGAUGGACAAAAAUCAGACUGCGAAAACAACAAAAUAGAAGUGCAGUAAACAGUGAGAGGGAGAAUAGUGUUGAGGCUACAAGGCGGGUUACAGCUCGAUAAAUAUGUUAACAUCCUGUUCGAUCGGAUUAUGACAUUACAUGCAUCGUGGUGACAUGCAAAAGAUAAGCAGACUCGUUUUUUUUUUUUUAAAUAUACGAUUGCACACAUUUCCUACAGCGAGAACGAGUUUGACAUGGAAAAGUGAAGCGCUAGCCAGCAGACGUAGCACUUUAUUUUCACUGUCAUAAAAUAACCUGGAAGAUUAUAGACAUCGGGUGGUAUGGAAAACUGUCCAUAAAGAUCACCUAAUUCGCUUUUUAUAUGGAUUUUAGCCCAACUACAAAUAGAGGAUAUUUUGAAAAAGCGUUGAUCAGCUGUCAAUAUGGCCGAAAUAAAGUCGCUCAGUGAGUCUGACGAUGAAGAGCUACACUCCACAGAUCCUGAGGGUAAGGACAAGAGCAAAGACAAGAAGAUACUGUGCAAAGUCAAAUGGUCUUGUGACGAGGAUGAGAGGCUGAAGAAGUUAGUGGAGCAGCAUGGAACAGACUCCUGGAAAUUAGUAGCUAAUCAUUUCCCAGGGAGGACAGAUGGCCAGUGUCAGCACCGCUGGCAGAAAGUGCUCAACCCAGAGCUGGUGAAAGGACCCUGGACAAAAGAGGAGGAUCAGAAGGUCAUCGACCUGGUGCACAAAUAUGGCCCCAAGCGCUGGUCGGUGAUCGCUAAGCACCUGCAGGGACGCAUCGGAAAGCAAUGUCGUGAGCGCUGGCACAACCACCUGAACCCUGAAGUAAAGAAGUCCUCCUGGACCCAGGAGGAGGACUGCAUCAUCUACCAGGCCCACAAACGCCUGGGCAACCGCUGGGCUGAGAUCUCCAAGCUGCUGCCUGGAAGGACGGACAAUUCCAUUAAGAACCACUGGAACUCCACCAUGAGGAGGAAGGUAGAGCACGAGGGGUAUCUUCAGGAGGGCUGCAGGGGAUUUGGCUUUGACCAUGGGGGGGUGAAGAGAAGUCACCACAGACCCUGUGUCCCCCAACCAGACACCCCCCACCACGGGCACAGCCCUCUGGGCAUGGAAGGACCAACACAGCUCGGGGGUUACCCUUAUAGCCCUCACUGUGGCCAACUGAUGGACAGCCUCCAAGACUCCUCCAGCUACUUAUCGCCGUCCUGCCAUGACGACCCAAACAAAGAGCAGAGAAUUAAGGAGCUUGAGCUUCUGCUUAUGUCAGCAGAGACCGAGGUCCGGAGACAGGCCCAGUGCCGAGGCCCAUGUAAUGUGGAGCGUUACUCCAGCUGGGCAGACAGCGUGUCAGACGACACCAUGACCACCAGCAGCAGCAGUCUGGAGGAUCAGGCUGAGGGAGGCUGGAGGGGGGCAAAGGAGGGCCGGUGCCCCCCGAUGGAGCAAGCUGAGGAGGGCUGGAGGGGCCCAGAGGAGGGCCGAGGGCUCCAGGUCCAGCACCACGUCUCCCCCAGUAAGUUCCUGUCUGUGGAGGCUAAUUCCGUGCUCUCCACCUUGCAGACCAUCCCAGAGUUCGCAGAGUCCAUGGAGCUCAUCGACUCGAUGUGUCUGGCUCUACAGGACCCUAUGACGUGGAGCGAGGCGUCCAGCUUCGACAUGUCUGAGGCGACUACCCCCCCGAAACAAACACAAGGGGGCUACGCACCCCAGGGGAGAACCACAGAGGGGAUGAGGUACGCAGUUGACCACCCCAACGGCAUCUCCACCAAGCACUGUGCCCCCAUGGGUCAGGGGAAGCCCCCCCCCCACACCCCGAACAACAUGCCCAGAUCGAGUUUGCCUACCCUGGGGAGGAGGAAGAGGGGGGACCAGUCCCCUGAUAGGAAUUGCCCAUCCUUCUUAGACUCACCAAGCACCAACUCACCCAAGAACACCCCCACGAAAGCACUGCCCUUCUCCCCCUCCCAGUUCUUCAACACAUCAGGAGGAGAGCAUCUGAGCCUGGACAAUCCAGCUCUGACCUCCACUCCGGUCUGUGACCAGAAGUGUCUCCUCAACACACCCUUCCAGAGGGAGACCACGCCCAAACACCAGAAAGAGAAUGUGGGUUUCAGGACCCCUAAGAUCCGUAAGUCCAUCAUGGUUCCGACUCCCAGAACUCCUACUCCGUUUAAGAAUGCCCUGGCCGCCCAGGAGAAGAUGCAUGGGCCACUAAAGAUGGUGCCCCAGUCCCUGGCCUUCCUGGAGGAAGACCUCAGGGAGGUGCUGAAGCAGGAGAUUGGAUCAGACAUCUUCACCAGGGAACUACAACCACAUUUCAUGACAUGGAAACAUGAUGUGGAUGGGCCAGCCAGGAAGGUGCGUAAGUCCCUGGUGCUGGACUCCUGGGGGAAAGACUGUCUUAACGUCCAGCUAUUCCAGGAACAGCGCAAUAAUGCACAGGUCCCAGAGGAGAGUCUCCUGACCAGCUCCUUACUGAUGACCCCCCUCCCUGAGAGAGACCGAGAGGAGCACCCCUGCACCCCCUCGUCUGGGAGGGAGGGGUCCUGUGCCCCCCUGCUCCAACUCCCCAGCCCCCGCAAGAGGAAGAACCCCCCUUCGGUCAGAAUGUCCCACCACGAUUCACUUAGACAGGUAAAAAGCGAGUGGGAAGCAGUGGUUUAUGGGAAGACUGAGGACCAGCGGAUCAUGACAGAGCAGGCCCGGCAGUAUCUGGGUAGUACCUACCCAUCCUCCGCCUGCACCUCGAGGGCCCUCGUCCUCUGAGGCCUAUGUCACCACACACUACACCCAUGCGGCAGAGUUGCUAUGUAAACCAUGCUCCUUCUCCUAACGACUCUUAGCAUACUUAGACAAUCUGGUGUAGGCAACUCAAAUCAUUUUGAAAGUUGUGUAUUGAUAAGAUCCCUAAGUGAACACUCAAGUGUACCACAGAAUACUUUACAGAAAAGGCCAAGUCAAGCAUUUUUUUCUCAGUCACACUACCCAAUAACCUUGACGUCCUUGAUUUGAGUUUUUGUAGCCAUAAAUUCCUUGGUUUGUCUUUUGAAUACACACAAGCCUAGCCAUGUAACAGGUUUGUACAGAUAAGAAAUACUAGAUUUUCUGCACUAUAAUGUGUUAAAACGGAACAACCUGCACAUACAGUAAGUAGUAAGCUGUAGAAAUAGACUGAUUAUUACUAGCAGUGGCUGAGUCUCAUAUUGUUCAUAUAUUGUUUAAAUAAAAAUGAAAAAAAAAAGUUUUAUGAUGUAAUAUUACACGUAUAUGUAUAUUUUCUAACUUGUUUGUAGAACUACCCUGUACUGCUACACCUGUUGUUUUGAAGUCUUAGGAGAGAGACAGAGCGCUGUCUGUAUGGCACUACUGAGUUGGGGUUGGCUGCAGAGAAGCGAUCAGUGUUGAGGAGGUGACUGGAUAGCACUUGUGAUGUGACUGUAUUGUUUCAAAACGCAAUCAAGUUUCCGUUCCAAGGCCAUACUUUCCUUUUGCAGUCUCAAGUUGAGACAUUUGUUGAAUGUAUUUCAUAGCGUGAAACUGCGAAGAAACUCCAAAUGGAAGGGUACUUUUUCCCCCCGUAUUUUAUUUAUUAUCUGUAUUCUAAAACGUAGAUAUUAAUAUAAGUGUAAAUUGUAACAUUCUCCUUUGAGAAAUCUUCCCAAAGCCUUUCCCUGCCCCUAAGAUUUGAUCUGUCAGUUCUACUUCUUACCUUCUAUUGAUCUAGGUUGUGAUUGGGGAAGGGUACACUGAUCCAAAAUCAGAAUCCAGUUGUCAUGUUUGCUACUGACCAAUAGUGCUCAGUGUGCUAAAACAACCAUGUUUAGUUGAGGGGAUCCUCCUGUUCGCAUGAAGGCUGUAUGUUCUAUUUAUUCAAUGUUUACUCAUUUAUUUAUUUAAAUACAAAGAUAAAUGAUCAAAUAAUUAUAUUUUCUUAUCAGAAAAGGAUUGGGCUACCUUUCACCUAAUCUCUCCAAAUUAGACAUAACAAGCAAACAUGCACUGCCACUAAUUCCUUUUUAUUCAGCAAUUAUUUUAACUAUCAGAUUGAGUUAAUUACCAUUCGUAUAGUGACAUCACUGAGUUGUUAUUGAUAGAACAGUUUCCCCUGGAAUCAGUUUUUUUUUUUUGUAGCAGGACCCAGUCUCUAAUCAUAGACAAAUUGCACUUUGCUCAUUGUUUUUAGUGUUUCGUUCAUUUGUUUGAGAGCAUGACAUAGCUCGUUUUAUGUGUGUGUGUGUUUUGUUAAUUUUUUUCAAAUCCAAUGCCGUUAGAUGAAUGUCUCACUACGUGUGACGAUUGAACAUUGACCUAAAUAGGUAUAGAUGGAGCUGCUUGAUGGGUGUUUUUACAUGGCAUGUAAAGAUUGAGCUUUUUGUAAAGAUGGAAAGACAAAAUAUUAUUUUUUGUUGUAUGUCUUCAUGUGACAAUGCAGUUUUCUAUAGCUCUGAUUGGUUACCUCUGUAAUAUAAAGGGUGCAGCAGAGUAUCUAUGGUCCCUGUGGUGAUGGUUGGUGUCAUUCGUUCCAACGGUCUUCCAACUGUUUAGAAUCUGGAUUAUAAUUUGGAUUAGAAUCUGGAUUAGAAUUUGGAUUAGAAUCUGGAUUAUCUAGCAUUAAGUGUGUUUGAAAAUAAAAAGGGAAUCUCCUCAGGAGAGUUCACAAGGAAAGAUCAUGUAUGUCCACCCUCUCUGAGCUCCACAGAGCUUCCGUCUCUGAUCUUUCUUAUUUUCCUUCAUCGGCUACACUAAAUAUGUAUGUUCUGUUGGUUGGUUUGACUUCAGUAUGUUUGGUUUGUAACAUGUUUAUGUUAAUACUUGGACAUCUAACCCUAUGUUAUGAGGGAAUGAAGUACAUUUAUAGUAGUUGUUGUCAUAAUCAUGCAUGAACAACAAGCAAUACGCUGGACCUUUCCAGUACCAUGUUUGUACAGUCAUCACAGACGUAACACUUGUCUUAUUUUCUGCUAUAAUCAUAACCAGGCAACACAGAAUUCCUGCCAACUGCAAAUGGAACCAUGUACUUAAUAUGGAAUAGUAAUAAAAUGUUAUUGCAUUGCA